AUGGAGUCUCUGAACAGGAUAGGGCUUCUACAAAAUCGUCCCCUAUAUCUAUUAAAGCGAGAGAUGAAGCAGCUGCUACUUGAGAGCUGCACACCUACCAUGUCAUCGACUAGCUCUUUCGUUUCUUCGUUUAGUAUAGAUGGUAGUGUAGCUAACUUGGAUGGUGGGAGUGCCUUCCAUGCAAUCAGGGUGCCUUGUUCGGCCAAUCAGGGUUCCCAACACAAAAAGAAGUGUUCUGGUAGGGGAGAAGAUGGUAGUAUCAAAUGUGGAAAUAGUAGCAGUAGAUGCCAUUGCUCCAAAAAAGAGGUUAGAAUUCCGAAACAUAGAGUAAAGAGAUCGAUCAAGGUGCCAGCAAUCAGUAACAAGCUUGCCGAUAUUCCUCCCGAUGAUUACUCUUGGAGAAAAUACGGGCAGAAGCCAAUCAAGGCUUCUCCUCACCCUAGGUACCGAUCACCAAUGCUUUCACUCUCAACUCCCGCCUCCCCGACCUUUCAUUUUUUGAAACAAAGAAAAAAUUGCGAUUGGAAUCACGGUUGGAAUAACGCUUAUAGCGUCCUAUGA